UCGAUUUUUGCGCUGCGAAACCCUGUGAUGAGAUGACUACCAAUUGCUCUCUGGUGGAUGGAGGCUUUGAUUGUACCUGUAAGGAGACCUACAUCCAGACGAACUUCAGUGACACAAUCUGCAUUGCUUGUCCCGAAGGGCAGUAUGCAGUGGAUUCUAGCUCUUGUGAAUACUGCAAAUUUGGUUACUCUGGUUUCGACUGCAAAGAACACUGGAAGCUGGCACUGGUUAUCGUUGGCUCCGUGCUCGGGGGCCUGCUGCUCAUCACACUCAUCCUUCUGCCCAUCCUGGCACUGAGAUCCUCCAAGAAGAGCACUAAGGAGAGCAAACAUGAAGACAUCGGGACACCUUAUGUCAGUCACUUUCCUGCCAAGUCACCGAUGGCUAACGGUAACGGCAGCUACGCUAACAGCCAGAAGCCCUCAUAUCAUGGGUCAGGCUAUGAAGGUGCUGGGGUGCCCAAGAUCCCACGAGCAACAACCAAAAGCAACUGGGACCGCAGGACCAACCUGGAGAUGACUCCUAGCAACAGCCGGCAAAACCUGGUCCCUAUGGGCAGUAAAUCGCGGCUCUACGACGACGAAGAUGACUCAUACACUCGACCCCAGAGCAACCUCUAUGCACCUGCCCCUGCUCGUCCACAGAGCAACCCAUACGCCCAGAGUCGACCUCAGAGCAACCCGUACGCUGCGAACCAGGGCCAGAACAAUCCUUACUACCAGCAAAGAUAGAAGGGAUGACGAACCCAAAAGGUUCAUGACAUUUACCGAGAUCGAGACCUUCUUCUGCCCAAUCAUAAGCUGUCAUGAAUCAUUCCUCUCUGUCCUCGACUAAUCUUCUAAGAAAAUUUGGUGUGUGAGAAACAUCAACGAUCUUUUUAAAGGUUUCUCAAUAUUAUUUACCAUGAGCCGAUUAAACUAUUUCUUAUUCACCAUCAUCUAACUGAAAUGGCAUUGGUCCAGAAAUGGAUUACUUUUAAAUUAGGAGCUGUUUAUGAGCAGCUAAUAUAUCCUGCUGCCAAUGAGUUUACAAAUAAUUGCUUUGUAUUUUUGUGGGUUUGUAAUGAGUCUAGUUUAUGUGCAAAUAUUAUUUUUUGAGACAAGUUUUCUUUCGUUCCAAUAAAACCUUUGAGUUCUUCCUUUAAAUCCAACCUUCACAUAUUUCAACAUAAUUUGUGUAAGAUGUUUACGACAUUGAAAUAGAUUUAUGUUCUAUUUUAUAUAUAAAUGUGAGUAUGUUUUGUUAAGUAAUAUAUAACUUUUUCCUUUGUAAAUCAUUAUAUCUUUAUGAUAUUUUAUUUCAUUUAACCAUAAAAUGAUUUUUAAAAGUAUCUUAACCACAACAUUUGUACAUGGAUUUAACACUACUUUGAAAUAAAGGGAUUCCCACUUCU